AUGGUGAAAAAAUUCUCGGCAUAUGCCGCCCUGGCCGGCUUGAUCGCCGCAGUAUCAGCUCGUCCGAGCGCCCGAAGCACCGAAACUUGGAGUCAACUCCGUGAGAAUAUCAAGCAUGUGAUCUAUCUCACGCUGGAGAAUCACUCGUUUGACAAUAUCGCCGGCUACUGGGACUUCCAUCCGGACAUCGACAACCUACGCGGCGUCACAUACUGCAACGAGUACACCAACCCCAAUUGGACAGUGUGGGGAGAGCCGCUCGAGAUCUGUGCGGCGCCCUACGAGACCGAGGUUCCACUAAAAGAUCCGGACCACAAUUUUGCCGGCGUCACCUAUGAGAUCUUUCGUAAGUGGAACGUGACCAAGGACGAUGUUCCCAAUAUGGCUGGCUUCGUGGAGCGCCAGUCGGAAAAGUACUCGUCAACUCCGGGAGAUACCUCCUUUGUCAUCCAGGCCUACAACCAGAAGAAGACGUCUCUACUAGCGGAGCUUGGACAGAACUUUGCCUUCUUCGAUUCUUAUUUCGCUGAGCACCCCGGUCCGACCAAUGUUAAUCGGCAAUUCGCAACCUCUGGCUCGUCAUGCGGCUUUGUCGACAAUACAGAACAGUCCGCCGGUUUCUGGAACAAUGUCACCGGAACCACAUGCGCGACUUCGAUCUUUGAAUCGCUAAGCAAGAAAGGCAUCAGCUGGAAAAAUUACUACGAGACGGACAUCGUGGAUGCAUACAUGUAUAAGUGGACCCAAGACAACGCCAUGGACAAGCUAGUGCACGCCGACGAAUUCUACCGUGAUCUCGAAGAGGGCACACUGCCUACAUUUUCCUAUAUCAAUCCAGAGUGUUGCUCGAUAGAUUCGAUGCACCCGACUAGCCCCAUGGCAACCGGGGAGCAAAUGCUCAAGCACUUGUACGACGCACUCCGCCGGUCCAAGUAUUGGGAUAACGCACUGCUUAUUAUCAACUUUGACGAGCACGGUGGCUUUGCAGACCACGUCCCUCCCCCAAUGAACAUUCCUCAUCCUGAAGAUGGCAUCACUUUUGCCGGCACGUCUGACGGUCAUUAUGUCACCUACGACUUUACCCGUCUGGGUGUUCGUGUUCCCGCUUUCCUAAUCUCUCCCUGGGUCCCAGCCAACCAUCUUAUCCACGAUGAGGGAACCGAGUACGCCUCAGACUCCGCCUACACGCACAGCUCGAUCCUACAUUUCCUGCAGGAGCUCUGGAACCUCGAGGGUCUGAAUAAUCGCGUACAAUGGGCCAAGACCUUUGAAUCGGCCUUCACGACCAAGGGACGUACUAAUACGCCUAAGACUCUGAGCACGCCUACCUGGUAUGGUGGGAGUGGUCAACCCGAGCCGUCAGUCUUUGGCCUUUUGAACCAGGAUGAGAGCUAUUAUGCUUCCAAUUAA